ACUAAUCAAGUAAUCAUCCUAACAUAAUUUGAUAGCUAAAAGUAUAAUUUAGGGUGUGUUAUCUUCACUUUAUAAAAAAAAAAAAAUAAGUUUAAAGUCUAAAGCAUAUUUUCUUUGACUUAAAAUAAGUUCCAAGUCUAAAGUCAUACUAGUAUUACAAAAAGGAGUACUUGUGUUUUAUUUUUGACAAUUUUCAUAAUAUAGUUACUCCUUAAUAAAUAAUCUUAAUGAAGACUUAAGUUACGCAUGUACAUACUUUAAUGCUCUAUUAGCCGCACCGCUAAAAUCCAUUUCCAGAUAAAUAGGAAACACAAAAACUUUACUAGUAAUUUUGAGAAAAGAAAAAUGGCAGAGGAUAAGAAGAAAGAUGUAGGCGGAGAGAAUGAGGAAAUAAUUUCAUUGGAAAAACUAUCAUUAUCCGGAAUAAAACUGAAGAAAGUACCUCAUCUAAGAGAUUACAUACCAAUUUCCCAACUUAAAACAGUCACUAACCCACUUCAAAACAGCCCAAACUACCACCCUACUCAAGGCUUUUACAUCUCCCCAUCCACAGACAUCCUCCUCAAACAGAUCUUGUACGACCUCUCCGACACCAACCAACACGGCUACGGCCUAGCAUACCACCGCGCAGGGCCUUCCAAGGUGGUCUACUUCGACCCUGAUGAUGUCAAGGCCGCUAUAGUUACAUGUGGAGGUCUAUGUCCCGGACUUAAUACUGUCAUCCGGGAGCUUGUUGUUGGCUUAUCGGACUUUUAUGGCGUCCAUCAGGUAUUCGGUAUAUGUUCUGGGUACAGGGGGUUUUAUUCAUGUGACCCUGUUCUUCUUACUUCAAAGAUGGUUCAUAAUUGGCAUAAGCAGGGUGGCACCGCUCUAGAAACUUCUAGGGGCGGUUUCGAUCUUUGUAGAAUUGUUGAUUCUAUUCAACAUCACGGGUUUAACCACGUGUACAUCAUUGGAGGAGAUGGCACCAUGCGUGGCGCAGUCAAGAUAUACGAGGAGAUUUGCCACCGGAAACUCAAUGUAGUGGUGGUCGGAAUACCAAAAACAGUGGACAACGACGUCGGAAUCAUCGACCAAUCAUUCGGGUUCCAAACGGCAGUGGAAACCGCUCAGCAAGCAAUCAACGCGGCCCAUGUAGAGGCCGAGAGCGCGGUUAAUGGCAUUGGGUUAGUCAAGCUGAUGGGACGAAGCACGGGCCACAUCGCGCUGCACGCAACCUUGAGCAGCCGCGAUGUGGACUGCUGCUUAAUCCCUGAAAAUGACUUCUUCUUAGAAGGAAAGGGUGGACUAUUCGAGUUCCUAGAAAGGCGGUUGAAAGAAAACAAGCAUGCGGUUGUCGUCGUGGCCGAGGGUGCAGGACAGGAGCUGAUACCUAGAACCGAGGAGGAGCAGCAGCGAGAUGAGUCUGGUAACCCUGUGUUCAAAGAUGUGGGGGUGUGGCUUAAGUUGGAACUUAAUAAUUGGUGGAAAAGAGAUCAUCCGGGGGAACUGGUUACUGUUAAAUAUAUAGAUCCGACAUAUAUGGUGCGCGCGGUCCCAGCAAAUGCAACUGAUAACAUGUAUUGCACACUGCUAGCACACUCGGCGAUUCAUGGAGCCAUGGCAGGGUAUACAGGAUUUGUUGCCGGUCGAGUGAACGGAUGUUAUGCUUACAUUCCGGUGAAGGAGGUGGCUGUGACAAGGAAUGUGGUCAAUAUCAAGGAUCAUAAGUGGGCUUGGGUUAGGUCUGUCACGAAUCAACCAGACUUUCAGAGGGCCUGAAAAGAAGCUCCUAUAUACUUUUUGUAGUAGUAAGACAUAAUAACAACUGUUUUGUAGUUUUUUUUUUAGUAAAAUGUAAGGUUCAAUCUCAUGAGUGUUAUUCAGGAAGAGAGAGUUGUAAUGGACUAAUGGUAUCGAUAGUGUGAUAGAUUAGUUCACAAUAAUACAGUAUGUAAGUUUUGAUAUUGACAGAUGACAACUAUAUAAAUUUAUUUUAG